CUUUAACCCAUUACUGGCCAGAAAAGACCGUACAUAUUGUAUCACUAUAUAUAUACUCGCAUAUCUUUAUUAGAUAUAUGCAUAUAGUUGUAAUUGCAAAUUACUAGCUUUAUAUUCACAUAUUGUUCAUCACAAGUUUAGAUGCUAAAAUGUCAAGCUUUCUUGUAAAAGAAGCUGUUUUAAUCACCCCUUCAGAGCCAACCCCAAUACAAGUUCUACCACUUUCCGCUUUGGAUUCUCAGCUCUUUUUGCGCUUCACCAUCGAAUAUUUGCUGGUUUACAAGCCCUCACGCCAUGUAUUAGAUAAAUCGGCUACAGUGAACCGCAUCAAGACUGCACUUGGUCGAGCCCUGGUUCCUUACUAUCCCUUAGCCGGGAGAGUCAGGGCUCGAACCAAUGGCUCCGCAGGCCUAGAGGUGGUCUGUCGAGCUCAGGGUGCGGCUUUCAUACAAGCCGCCUCCGAUCUCACGGCAAAAGGAUUUGAAGGAGCUCCCCGGCAUAAAACGCAGUGGCGGAAGCUCUUAUCGUUACAAGUGGCCGACGUCCUCAAAGGGGCCCCAGCCUUAGUUAUCCAGCUGACGUGGCUCUCCGAUGGAUCCGCAACGUUAGGGGUCGGGUUUAAUCAUUGUCUCUGUGAUGGAAUUGGUAGUGCUGAGUUCCUCAAUUUGUUCGCUGAGUUAGCUACUGGUAAGCAAAAAUUAUUCACAGAGUUUAAGCCCCAACCAGUAUGGAAUCGUUAUCUCAUGGACCCAAAACCGUAUAAUAAGCUUUAUCAACAAAAAUCGACAAAUCAUCCAGAGUUUAAGAAAGUUGCCGAUCUUUGUGGAUUUGAUUCUCGAUUUUCUCAAGAAAGGCUCGCACCCACUUCAGUCACAUUCGACAGGAGCAGAGUAGGCGAAUUAAAGAAAUUAUUAACAUACAGCCAGUCCUCGUGCACUUCGUUUGAAGUCCUCUCUGCUCAUAUAUGGAAGAGUUGGGCAACAUCAUUAAAUUUACCGGCCCACCAAACAGUAAAACUAUUGUUUACCAUAAACAUACGGAACCGAGUGAAGCCGAGCUUGCCCAUUGGUUACUACGGAAAUGGUUUCGUCCUGGGAUGCGCUCAAGCUUCUGCGAAAGACUUGUUUGAAAAGGGGUUGGGAUAUGCAGCUGGGUUAGUGAAAAGAGCAAAGGAUAGAGUAGACGAUGAGUACGUGAGAGAGGUGGUGGAAUCGGUGAGUUCGAGUGGAACGAGUCCAGACUCAGUCGGUGUGUUGAUAAUGUCACAAUGGUCAAAACUGGGAUUAGAGAAAAUUGACAUAGGAAUGGGGAGGCCUGUUGAGGUAGGGCCAGUUUGCUGUGAUAGGUACUGUAUAUUAUUGCCAGUGUAUGAUCAGAAGGAUUCUGUGAAGGUAAAUGUUGCGGUCCCUACUAGUGCGGUUGACAAAUACUUGCAUCUUUUAAACACCAUUGGCACCUGACAAACAAGAUGUGAUAUGAUGAGAUGCAAUUUCAUGACUUUCACUCUUUAAUGAGGAGUACCUUUUCUUUUUUCGGAUUUAAUGAGUACUAACCUACAUAUGUUGACUUCAUGUACAUUGAUCAAGGAGGAAAAAAACGCUUAAAGAUGAAAUUGUUGACUGGCAAA